AUGCCCGACGCCACACUGCCUGCCUGCUUCCUCGGCCUGCUGGCCUUCACCUCCGCUUGCUACUUCCAGAACUGCCCAAGGGGCGGCAAGAGGGCCAUGUCCGACCUGGAGCUGAGACAGUGUCUCCCCUGCGGCCCCGGGGGCAAAGGCCGCUGCUUCGGGCCCAGCAUCUGCUGCGGGGACGAGCUGGGCUGCCUCGUGGGCACGGCCGAGGCGCUGCGCUGCCAGGAGGAGAACUACCUGCCGUCGCCCUGCCAGUCGGGCCAGAAGCAGUGCGGGAGCGGGGGCCGCUGCGCCGCCGCCGGCAUCUGCUGCAACGACGAGAGCUGCGUGAUGGAGCCCGAGUGCCGGGAGGGCGCCAGCUUCCCUCGACGCGCCCGGGCCAGCGACCUGAGCAACACGACCCUGCUGGACGGCCCGAGCGGGGCCUUGCUGCUGCGGCUGGUGCAGCUGGCGGGGGCGCCGGAGCCCGCUGAUCCCGCCCAGCCCGGCGUCUACUGA